AUGCCCAUCCCAACUAUGCUUCAUAAUUACGAGUUAGACAACAGUUUAAUAAUAGAAGAGCUAAAUUAUGAUAUUGAAGAACUUAUUCGAAUAGUUAAUGAUAGACUUCCUCAGUUAAAUGUAGAUCAGCGAGCUAUUUUUGAUGACGUUGUAAAAGCGGUUAAAACUUAUACUUCAACUAUAAUUUUUGUUGAUGGGCGUGUACCUUUUGUUGUUAACUCAAUGACAAAUACUAUUCAACUACCUGAAGAUAUUGUUUUACCAUCUCAAGAGUUAAAUGAUAUAAUUCGUUAUAUAUACCCUAAUCUUUCUAUGCAAGUGAAUCAUCAAUAUUUAGUUGAACGUUUGAUACUCAUAUCUAAAAACGAUGAUGUUAAUACUAUCAAUUUGAUUGCUAUGAAACAAUUCCCUGGAGAAGCAGUAGAGUUGAUCUAUAUCGAUUGUCAAACCUGA